GAGUGGCUCCGGUGGUUCGACGUCUCCUCACCCGGCGUGGACGACGGCGGCUAAGCUCGAUGGUAUUCCGAAUCGGCAGCUAACGUUAAGGAUUUGCACCUCCAUAGGAAGAGCUAUAGAGCCAGAUUAUACCACAAUGGUUCUUUACGAAUAUGUCACAAAGGAGCAGCUGGCGGGUUUCGACAGAUACAAGUACAGCGCCGUGGACACGAACCCCCUGUCCGUCUAUGUUAUGCAUCCUUUCUGGAACUUUUUAGUGAAGUUUUUACCAACAUGGUUGGCUCCGAACCUCAUCACAUUUACAGGUUUUAUGUUCCUCGUGUUGAACUUCCUCAUGUUGGCCUUCUACGACUAUGACUUCACUGCAUCUUCUGCAGGGAACCAGCAUGUGGCUAGCUGCGUGUGGGUGGCUGCUGGGAUCUUCAACUUUUUAGCCUACACACUCGAUGGUGUUGAUGGCAAACAGGCACGCCGUACCAACUCCUCGACACCACUGGGGGAGCUGUUCGACCACGGGCUUGACAGCUGGGCUUGCAUCUUCUUUGUGGCCACCGUGUACUCCAUAUUUGGGCGUGGGGAGAGCGGCGUGGCUGUCAGCACGCUCUUCUACCUCCUGUGGGUGGUGCUGUUCUCCUUCAUCCUGUCCCACUGGGAGAAAUACAACACGGGCAUCUUGUUUUUGCCCUGGGGAUACGACAUCAGUCAAGGGACGAUCUCCCUUGUUUACUUGGUCACUGCUGUGGUUGGAGUGGAAACCUGGUACCAGCCAGUGAUCUGGAACCUUCUCUACAGAGACCUGUUUACCUUUAUGAUCAUAGCGUGUUCCUUUUCUGUGACAUUACCCAUGAGCCUCUACAAUGUGUUAAAGGCUUACAGGAGCAACACCCUGAAGCACAGCAGCCUGUACGAAGCCUUCCUGCCUUUCCUUUCUCCUGUCCUCCUCUUUGUGUUGUCCACCACCUGGGUUAUCUUCUCUCCAUCCAAGAUCCUUGAGCUGCAGCCCAGGAUAUACUACCUCAUGGUGGGGACGGCCUUCGCCAAUGUCACUUGUAAACUGAUCGUGUGUCAGAUGAGUAACACUCGCUGCCAGCCGCUGACCUGGCUGCUGCUGCCAAUGACCGCGGUGGUGCUGUUAUCCAUCACGGGGGUCUUCACCAACGAAACGCUGCUGCUGUAUUUGUGGACAUCCGCUGUCAUACUCACACACAUACACUACGGUAUAUCAGUGGUACAGCAGCUCAGCAACCAUUUUAACAUCUUCGCCUUCUCGCUGAAGAAGCCCAACCAGGACUGACAGCAGGAGGAACGAAUCGGCCUGACAGCAGCAGAGGUUUAAGCUGUUCCUCUGUUCAGCUCACCGACACUUCACCCGUCACCACGGAGACCGAAUCCCCUCCCCUUCUCUUCCCUCCACAAGGACGCUGCAACUGAACCGGACGGUGGCCCGCCUCUCACACACCCAUAUGACACACACACACACACUCAAACGUACAUUCCCAAAGCAACUGAUCAGACCUUGGUCACAGCGACGGGGUUGGCCCCUUGGGGCCUCUGGCUUCCAUCACUGGUGAUUGGCUGACUGAGCCAAUGAGGUGCUAUUGUUUCCUACGGAAAUAUGCUUCUGUUGUGAGGACAGGAGCCCGCAGGAGCCGUGAGAAGACAAACAUUACAGGGGCCCUCAUUACCCAGAGCAUUCAGGAUCUCUUUAACCUAACCUCAAUAAUAAAACUGAAGCUAAUUUUAACGUCAGUCUUGAAUCUAGAUGUUUAACUUCUUACUGUGGGUUGGGACCCAUAAGGCUAGACAUGGAAGCUCAAUGCAGAUUAUAUAGGUAAUCUGUGGCAGGUCUCUAGACACAAACGGAGAACCCACAUAGUGUUAUGAAUGUAUAGUAAUGCCCUGAGGGAAUGCCAUUUCAUUUUAGUUGUAUGAACAGGAAUGUUUGAAGGAGUGUUGAUCAAACCUGGGAACAUGAGGCUCCUACAGUUCCAGCUUUGUCCACAAUUGAAAGGUUUGGUCGAUUGUUUUUUUUUUUUUUUAAUCUUCCAGUAGUUCAUGUGUGAUAAAUGUUAAUAACUUCUUGUAUAUAAUCUAAGAGCAUUGUUUGGGGUGUGUAAAGUCUCUGUACUGAAUCUUAAAAGAAUGAUUUACUCCUUUAAGUAUUGGACACAUUUCCCUCUUAUUAAUUCUGCUGAUAAUUGACUAACUGGGGCUAGACUCGAUCAUGUUGACCUCUGCUAACCUUCCUUUGUUUUACCAGCUCUCCCUUCCUUCUGAGGUGUCGUGUUUUCACGCUGAUUCAUUCUUUUUAUUUUAUUUAUACAUAUUUUGGGGGUUUUUUUUUUUUUUUUUUUGCUACGUUUGUGUUGCGCAGCGCUUGAAUGAAGAGUGCGUCCAAAAGCCCCUAGUGGAACGGAUUCACUCUGAGGGACCAAGCCUCCGCACAGGACAGUGCAAAACCUCUAACGCCGCUUGUCGUCAUGCAGAUCUUAGCUUGUGUUUUUCUACGGUCUGGCGUAGAACUCGGCUCGUCGCAUUGUUCAGUCUGUUAAACGCGGUGGAGGGCAUUUAUUUGUGGCAUUUUUAUAAAACGUUUUAAGUUCGUGGAGACGGACCUCGCUCGCUACUAAAGAUGCACCAAUCAGGCUUUUCCUGGCCGAAACCGAUUUUUGGUUUUUCUUUGUCUGAAAUAGAAAUGACUGUUCUGGACGUUCUUUGAUAGAGGUAGCAGUUUUGGAUCUAACAGAAAAUAAAGGAAUUGCAUCGGUAAUCUUAUGCAUGUUCCUUAUCUUUGUCUUUAAGUGUCUCGGUGUAUGAUGUUGGUGGAUGUGCUUAUAGGCUGAAAACGUUGGGACUUCCUAGUUUCAAUACAGUUAAAGGACAGGGGAAAGAAAUCCAAUGAAAUCCAUUUUGGGGGAAAAUGGCUGAUUCCUAUUUCCAGAUGAUGGAUUGCUGCAUCCCUGUAUAUGCAACUCAUCUCGUUUGUUGGGUUAAAAAGUCACCAACAUAGCAGCACUGAGUGUCAGGAUCAGUUAAGAAAAACUAAGAACAUUAUUAACGUCCCCUCAAGAGCUGCGAGUAAUUUGGCUGAGCAUUACGGCCCAUUUAGAGUUACAUUUGAUGGCCCAAGCCUUUACCAUACGGUAAACUGUGGUCCUGCUUAGUUAAAAGCUCCACAGGGAACAUUGCCUUGAAUGAGAGAGACACUUGGAUGCUUAUGUCUCAUGUUAGCAUGAGAAGGAACAGUUACUAAGCAAUGCUAAGUUGCUGUUAAGUAGCUUUGUGGUUUACUGAGCUGUUGUAAUGUGGGAAAUCUGUAUGCAGCCACUGCUGCAUUGUAAUGGCUCCUUUAACAAAGCCUCUAUGUGUGGACACCGAUGAUUGUUGUGACGUGGUAAAGGCUGUGAUUUCUGUCUCUAAUGGGUAUAUACACUGUCUGCCCUGUACAGCUCCAUGUAUACAUGUCUAUUCAAGGAAGUAUGAGUGUAUACGCUGUAUGUUUGAAUGUCUGUGUAAAUACGGUUUUAUUUAAUUUUAUUUUUAAACUGAGUGUUUAACGGUAGGCAGAUUUCUCCUGUGACUUGGACACGAUGCCAAUCAGCACUGCAAUCUACAGAGCUGUCUGCACUACAGCACUUACACUCUGUGUGGGUUUUUUUUUUUUUUUUUUUUUUUGAAUGUUUCAUUUUUGCCUCGUUACUGUUUGAUUGGAUCAAAUCCAUUUUGUUUUCCAGUGGGAUUUUCUGUAAAAGAGUAAGUAGCUGCAGGUGGGAAUUCCUGCUCUGGGGACACUACAAGCACUGCUGGGUGCAGUAAGGGAUCUGUACAUCAGGGAUCACCUGGAGGAGAACAACUGUGCCAUUUCAUAAAACAAAAAACAGUAUUUCAUGCAGCUGACAGUCCUGAUUCCUUAAUAAUCUAAUGUUAAAUAUUUGUUUUCUGUAAGCUUCGUUUUGUUUAACAAAAAAAAAAGUAUCAACCCUCCCCAAGCGUCCUUUUCUCUUCCCCAAAAUCAAUGAGCUAAGCUGUUGUGUACUACAGCUUUGGCAAAUACUCCAGUGUCAUUGUGGUUGUUUGUGGCGUUGUAUCUAACCAGUGAAGGACAAGAGAGCUCAAACACACAUUAAAGGUAAUUUUCUUAAAAACA